AUUUAGCUACAAACCAUGACAUGAUGAGUUCUCCCUCCCACAGAACUCCCAUCACCUAGACACCCGUCUCCAUAGUAACCGUCACCUAGUAACGCUCACCUAGCAAUACAAUGACCCAGUUUGUGGUGGCUGAGUCCCUAAACAAAAGUAUAGACUACCCGAUAGUUGAAGAGGUGUUAUCUGUGGGGUAUUACAGUAUACUAAUGUUCCUCGCUACCUUCGGCAACAUCUUCAUAAUCUACGCCACCAUGAAAGUGCGCGCCCGAUCACACGACGCCAUGACAAUACUCCUGAUAAGAGUACUGGCUUUUAACGAUCUGCUGGGUGGCCUGAUCCUGUACCCUAACUUUAUACUGCUGCUUAGCAAGGGGUACUUCCCUUUCAAUGCUACGUACUGUAUAGUGUUGGGUAUAUUCGAGAUCUACUGUCCUCUCUGUUCAACCCUUCUUGUAAUGGCACUCGUUCUUACCAAGGUAGCAAUGAUUCGGAACCCCUUCCUCUCAAUGGGAAAUGCGAGGAAGAUAUUCCUGGUGUUACCCCCACUUUAUAUCCUGGGACUUAUCGCACCUAUGGGAGUCUUCUUUAAUAUGGGCAAUUACAUGUUCAGUCCUGAGAGGGGGACUUGCACUUAUCGGUUUUACCCCGAUCUACUAAAAGAGAAGAUAUUCAUAAUGAGCUGCACGACACUAUUUGUUAUCAUCCCCCUCUGUGUAAUAAUCAGUAUGAGUGUCUACAUCUUGCGUUUCAUGCGCAGAAUGAGGAACAAAUCAAUAUCUGUUUUGGAUAAAAACACUCAGGAUAGACCAGUUAGACCUUCCUUGAAGGGCAAAGGCAAAAAGUACAAACUUUUUACGGUAAAACGAGCAAACGACAAGAUACUAAAAUCAGUGGUAGUAGUUCUCCUCGUGGUUAUUGCAUAUGUUAUUUGUUGGAGUAUGUUCUUCUGUGUUACUACUGUUGCUUUCUUGAUUGGGGGCGAGGACACUCUACCAAGGCAAGUUCUACUGUGGCAGAAAGCCCUACUAAUGACGAACAAUGCAGUAAAUCCCAUGGUUUAUGUUUGCGGAAACAAAAAACUCCAGUUGGUCCUCCAACAAGUCAUAUUCCGCAUUCGAGGACUGCAAAUUGAAAAGGACUUUGGCCAAUCUACCGUCAUACUCGACACUAAACCAACGUUUCAUCAGAUUGAGAGUAGAAUGACGGUUAUGAACACCCGGUCAAACGCAAAAGCUUGUAAACUACCAAGGGCAACGUCUGAAUUCUCCUCCGUGGGGAGGAUUAAGUCUACAGCUUCUGUCGGAUCCCCAAGUAUGGGUCGUGUUAGAUGUUCGACUACGAAUUUACCAGUUGCUGGCAAGGAAACCAGGCGGGUUAAACGAAAGUGUACUAACCGGACGGUGAUUGUUCCUGUAGGGGAAGAGUGCGUGCUCAAUAUUGAAAGGGAAGAGUGUGAUGUAUUAAGGGAAGAGUGUGAUGUAUUAAGUGAAAAGUCAGAAAUAUUUAUGGAGGAGCCAGAAAAAUUGACGGAGGAGCCAGAAAAAUUGACUGAGAAAUCAGAAAUAUUGACAGAAGGGUCAGAUGUAGUCACGCAAUCUGAAACCACUGAAAAAUCUGACGUUGUAUGUGUUCCAAAUGGGAUUGGGCCCGCUCAUAGAAACGAUAUCAGCAGUGAUGUGAUAACGGAAGAGAGUUCUAUUAUUCCGUGUUAUUCCGAUGUGAUCCCAAGUGAGGGUUCCCAAGACGGGGCAUAUGUUGCGCUGGACGACGAGCAGGUUCUGGUUAAGAAGAAAGGUUCAGAAACUGAGAAUAUCAAAUCCAAAAACAAGGAUAUUGAACCUGAAAAUAUCAAAUUCAAAAACAAGGAUAUUGAACCUGAAAAUAUCAAAUUCAAAAACAAGAAUAUUGAAUCUGAUUACAACUGCAGUAAAGACAUCAUAUUAUCCAGUGAUCCAACUGAUCAAAUUAUUUUUACAAAUACCAUGAAGGGGCUAAAUGAAGAAGAGUCAGGAAAAGUUAAUGGGUCGAUUUUGAUGGAUAGUUUGUAGCAUCUCUGUUCUACUUCUCUACCAAGUGAAGUCUUGUUAAAAGUUUUGUAAUGCAAUUGUGAUUUCUUUCAAAACUAAGCUGAAACCUUACAUACACAUUCUUACAUUUUUGUAAUCCAAUCGUGAUUCACUAUCUUCAAUCUUACAGAUUGGAGCUUAAAGACCUUACAUACAUUUUUAAACGCGUCCACUUUUUUAAGUUACAGAAGAUAUGAAAUGUUUUGAAGAAAGAUUUCUGCUGGAAAUUUUUUUUGAUAUGAUAUUUUCUAAUGUUUAUUAUUUAUUAAGACUUUUAUACAAGUUG